GUUAUGAAAAUACCCAUCGUUUUUGGUAAUUCGAAUAAAAACUGGAAAUCUUUCAAGAAUCUGUGAUUCCUACUUUUAACUUAAUUACGUUUUUAUGAAUUAUAAUAUUAGCGUAAAGCUUCUAUGGAUAAGGAAGCCUUCCGUGCCCUUAAGCACGGAAAUUAUGAGCUUAGUAUUGCCUUUUUGUUUUCUUCGAUUAAACAGUGUUUCUUACUAGCUUAACAUGGAAGAAGUGAGGCAAUUGGUACAGGAAGAAGGCCGAGAAGCAAGGAACCUGGUAGCUUUUCAUGUAACUGUCGAUACACCCUCAGUGGCCCGUUUCGCCCGUAAGCCACCACGCUCUACUCUGCCGCCGCCUCGGCGCGCUCCGCCGCGCCCCGCCGCGUCGCGUCUCCGCUCGGCUUCAGCUGGGCGUGACAAGCGCUCUGAGCUGCGUGCGCGAUACUGGGCAUUGCUGUUCGGAGACCUGCAACGAGCGGUUGGAGAAAUUUACAAUACAGUUGAAGCUCACGAAAACCUAAAUGAGUGCCAAGAAGUAAUAUUAGUCUUAGAAAAUUAUACAAGGGACUUUAAAGCCUUAGGAGAGUGGUUUCGACUGAAAUGGGAGUACGAUAAUACUCCUCCUCCCCAAAGACCCCAGAGUUUAGCUUGGGAGAUACGAAAAACAGAUUUUGUCCGCCCAGAAUCAAGACGUGCUCAUUCUGUUAAAAGCUCUCCAUCUGUGUCAGGAAAAAAUAGUCCUUGCCUUUCUGGACAUAAUACACCAAGUGGCAAACAUAGUCCCAAUCUUACUGGCAAAGCCAGUCCAGGUAGUGGCAAAAUUAGCCCUAGAGUUUCCUCAGGACAUGCAACUAGUCCUAAAGCUAAUAUUGAGUUCUUUAGCAAUAAAAUCGCAGCUUCUAAAGUUACUAAUACUAAAACUGAACCUAAACAGGAAACAAAACUAACAGACAUUAAAGAGAAAGACAUAAUCGACAUAGGAAAAAACGUUGAAAAACAAACGCCUGUCUUGAAUGUCCAAAAUGAAAAAGCGGAAAAACUGGAACCACUCGUAGUUGAGAUAGGAAAAGCUAAACAAUGUUCAAAUGUUUCACCUAAACCAGUGGUUGUAAAAUCAUCCAAAAAUAAAGUCGUUCCCGAUAGUGCCAAGAAAGUGCCUAGUAAAGAGUUGUCAACACAAGCAAAGGCAACUAAAGCUACGUUAGAUGCCAUGGAAAAUGAAUUUCUCAGCAAGCAGUUGGUAAAUAACGCAACUAAAAAUGAUAAUCUUAUUAACCAAGAAAUAGAUGCCCAAACAGAAAGAGAAGAAAUUGAUACUGUUAAAUCAAAUGUAGAAAAGGCGACUGUUAACGACAAAACCAAUGGUUUAGUCAACUCGGAGACAGUGAAAAAUAAUGAUGAAGAUGUUCACAAACAAUCAAUAAAUGUGGCGAUUACAAGAAGUCCAACACUAAUAGACUCCGAAAAUGAAGUUGCAGUCGAUGUUACCACUGAUAACGAAUCUCCAACUAAAUCAGAAGAUAAUUUUGCUGAUAUAUCUAAUGAAAGUUCAACAAAGUCAAUUGGAGAGAAGCAUGAUAAAGCUGACGAGCUAGCUAAAAAAGAGGUAAUUAAAAAAGAUGAACUGGUGUCUAACCCAAGCGGGAUAGAAAAUAAGACAUUAAAUGACCAGGAUGCUAUAAAUGCUAUAGAGGUUGAAACAAAACCUAGUGAUGAAGUCUCUAAAGACAGUCCAGAAGUGAAAGAUGCUGUACACAAUAAAGACGAUCUUAAGGAUGAUAAGGAUUUUAAAAAACCUGAUCCAAAAGUUGACACAAAACCGGUCAGACCAGCCUAUUCACAAGCAGCUGCUAAACCUAAGGCAACUACUACCAAAAUAGAAAUUAAAACGCCUGCAAGAUCCGUGCCUUUAGCUAGAAGUAAAACUGUUGUAGAAAUUAGACCAAAUACAGCUUCUAAAACACAAAAAAUAUGUCCAAAGAGAAAUCAAACGAGCAAGUGUAGCUAUCCAUUUAAUUUGACAACUGGUCGAACCAGUCUCUUCGAUGCUUCGUCCAAUGUCGUGAAUAAAAAUACCGUCCCCAGAAAAGUAGUGAAUAAGAAUGUUCAAAUGGGUUCAGGAGACUCGAAGUUUAAUCAGCCCAAGAUAGAAGUGAAAAAACGUCCUUUAAGGCCUACAAGUCUAAAAGUCAACGAAAAAUUAGAUAAAAAAGAAAAAUCUACUUCUGCACUUGAAAACAUUAAAGAUUGCGAGGAAUAUAGUAGUUCUGAUACAAUUGUUACUCAAAUUGAUAGAUCGCGUCUAGAAUCGAGUGAGAGCUUACGAACUCUAGUUCCUGACGAAUUAGAACUGAUUCACGAUGCAGCUAACUCAGUAGAAGUACUUAAUAUAGAUAGCAAUAAGAAUGACAAUGAUGGUUGGCUCACUGUCAAAUCUAGGCGUUUGAGUCGCGAGUCAAAGAAACAUUCUAAAUCACAUUGGUCUAAUAGAUUCCAUCAACCUUCUGCGACUACCAGCCUGCCUACAUUAAACAUGAUAGAGUCUCCUAAACAGGAAGUCAAGCCUAUAAUCAACACAACAGCUGCUAUUAAAGUAGACAGAGCAAAAUCUGAACAGCCUCAACCAGUCAAACCUGAAAAAGUUGUUACCGUAUCGUCUAAGAAUAGGGUUGACAGUAAAACCAAAACUAAUUUAGCUAUGAUUAGACAAAAAUCAGAUGUCACCGGCUUAAAGAGAUCAGCUCGAAGCAAAGCACUCUCCAAGAAAGCUGAAAAAGUCAAAGACACGCCCAAAGAUUCUGAAUCGUCUGAACUGACUAAAAACCGCCUGCAUUCCUCAUUAGAAAGCCUCACCACAGGCUUAGCCAGGUCCCAAGAGAGCACUGAAGAAGUGUUUGACUUUGACAAAUGGAAGGCAGAAUUCAGAUCUACUUUUAAGUACCUCGAUGAUGACGAUCAGAUGCCGAAUCACAACGAAAUAUUGAAAUCAGCUGAUCCAUCGGAGAUGUCUGAGAUCGCAGAGAUGACAUCUCAAAUCGAGGAAAAUGAGAAAAAGAUUAGUUGGGCGUUGGAUUUUCAAUCUGAUGUAGACCAGAGGAAAUUGUGCGAGGAAGAAGACCUGUUGAAUCGUCAGAUAAUGGAGCUACAGCAGGUAUCGGAUAUAGACUUGGAUACCGAGACAGAUGAUACUGAGACGGACGCGGAAAUCCUCUGCGAAGACGUACCAGCGUUGGCGGCGCCCGAGAAUCUGGGUGCACUGGCGGCCAGCCUGGAAGAUCAGUAUGAGACGGCCUUAGCCGGGAUGUCCUGGGCCGAGCGUGUUGACACGCUGGUCGUUUUAGAGGCGCUCGUCGCUAGAGAUCCAGGUCGAGCUCAGCAGCUACAUGCCAAACUCUCACAAGGAAUCAAAAGACGUGGCAGCUUUCAGGACGCGCUAAGACGGCUCCAAGCUAAACAAGCGCGCGCUGAACGGCAAAGAUUAGAAUACCAGACGGAGAGAGCUAAGAAAAUUCACCAACUACUAGCCAGAGUAGAAGAAGUUAAGGUAGCCAAGAAUCAGCUGAUUGAGGAGAAGCGUCUAAGAAUGGAGCGUCGAUUGCAAAAGGCGACAGAAAAUCGAGACCAACAUUUGAAAGAUAUCGUACGCAAAGCUCACGACGAAGAGGAGAAAUUGCGAGAGAUCGCAUUCAUCAAGCAACUCGAAGCGGAGAACAGAAGACACGAGUUCCUGGACCAAUGUCGGACGCACACCACUCGCCUCAGGCGUGUUAGGCGCGACCGACUUAAUAAACUGGAACAAAAAGCAGCACGCGAAGCUGCCGUGGGAGCAAGAAGGCAGGCCCUUGAAGCAGAGAGGCAGCGACACGUCCAAACCCUGUUGGAGCGUAGGAGAGAGCGAGAUAGACGCGUGGAUGGCCUGCGCGAGAUGAGACGGCAAGAGAGGGACAUCGCGGCCAGAGAGAAGGCUGAAGGUGUUAAGUCCCGCCUAUCAGCUUUAGCGGCCGCUGCAGAGUUGGAAGCAGAUGCCUUAAGGUCCAGGAUCAGAGACAAGCAAGAUGCCAGUCAGCAGAGGUUGGAGUCGCACUUGCAAGCUAUCAGGGAGAAGGCUACAGGGCCUAGACAACCGACGACAUCGGAGAGUCAGGACAACGAUCUAGAUGAAGCAGUCCGGUUGGAACAGGAGCGGAAAGAGAGGGACAAGAUAAAGGCGCUCAAAAAGAAGGCCAGGAAGGUCAAACAGAAGCUUCUAGCCUCCGGAAAUGACCAACCGGCCGACGACCUCCGCAUACCCAUCGACGCAUUCCUGUAUCCCGCCGUCAACAAAAUGUACAAAGUCUUCCAGCAAAUCAACAACAUCCUCUCCCCACUGGCCGGUGACAACGACCAACAGAAAACAGAAAAACGAGACACAAAUACUAAAGCUAAUGAAAAUGAUGUCAAACAAACUAAUAAGACAGGAGUUAAAGUCAAUGGGGAUGUCUCUAAAGAUGACAAAACAGUUGAAGAUAUCAAAGUAAACGGAGACGACGCUAACGAAGAAACCGUUGAAAAGAAGAAAUCUAAAAAGAAAAAGAACGCCGACAAACAAGAACCAUCAGAAAACAAUAACAAUAAUAACAUAAACGCAGAAGUAAUAGAAGUUAAAGAAGGUAAAAAGAGCAAAAAGAAGAAGAAGGAUGAGAAAGCGAAACUGAAGAAGACUGAGAGUAUUUGCAGCUCGCUCAGUGAUAUGAGCAAGGCCAGUGAUAAGAAUGAGAGGAGGAAUAAAGUGUCGCUAGACACAAUGCAUUUAGAGAGGUUGCUGAAUGAACUACACAGGAUGCUGGAGAAAUCGGAUAAGCAAGCACCAGACAGGGCCAUUUUCAAGAAACUGCACGGACUGAAGACGCUCGAACAGCUACUGGCCCUGGCGGCCGAGAGAGAAGACCUGGCUAAUCAAAUCACUUCCAAGUGCCUUUCCACGGCUGUGAUUAUAUCGACGCGCGGCGUCGCCACGGACCCGGAGAGUGCGCGGAACCUUCUGACUUCUAACGCCUCCGUUCAUGUCGUCAAGCUCCUGGCCAACCAAAUGGAGAAAGAUCUCUCCGAUUCUCGGGAGAUGGAGUUGGCGUGUCUCCUGCUGGACUGGUUGUCGGUGGCUCUAGACUCCGUGACGCAGAUCGUCUCCCCACCGGCCACUUGGGCGAGGGCCCAUAUGCUUGUCAGCUACCUUUGCUUGAGCGGUGUGGCUCGGCCAGACACCGUGGAAGAGGUCCGCGACGGGCUGCACACGCUGCUCACCGUCUGCUGCAUGCUGUGCAAGCCACGCGUGGAGGACGUCAACAAUAUUAACAAUAGUCCGGAGCGCUUGGCGGCGGCUCAAUCUCUACACGUAGCCCUGGGAAGAGGCUUGUGCGGGGCGCGCGCCGAUUUCUGCGCGCUGUUUAGUGGCGCGGAAGUGGUGGCUCGAGAUUUCGUGCGCGCCGCCAGAACCGGCCACUUGCUGCGGGUCAUGGCAGAGUUGGAUCAUCAGCUGGUGCAGGAGUCGUUCAUGGAAGGCGGGUGGGGGCUGGAGUUCCGCGCCGCCGUGCAGCGCCUGCUCACGCAGCACGCGCCCAGCGAGAAGGAGGCGCCCAGGACCAACACAACCGUGCAACAACCCAAGUUGGACGAGGCGCUGGCGGAAAAUAUGGUGAUUGAUCUGGUCGUUCUCAUCGGGUUCUUGGUCGUGAAUAAUCCACUGCUGCAGGAGACUGUGUGCUCGGGCUGGAGUGUGGUCCGCAUGCUGUGCACGCUGCCGGCCAACUGGCUGGUGUCGGGCGAGCACUCUGCCGCGCUGCUGCCCACGCUGGCCGCGCUGGCCGCGCACCCGCCGGCCGCCGCUGUCAUCCGCGCCGACCUCAGCCUGCAGAUGCUGCAAAACUACUUGGAGAGCGAAGAUGCUCAGAAACUGAAGCUAGUCCACCUCAUCAAGCAGGGUCGCGCCAAGAAACCGCCUGGUAAGAAAUAAACGAGCACAUUACUGCGUACGUAUCCACGCAUUCGCUUCAUCUAGUAGGGCGUCUGUGUAUGUUUAGGUAGCACGCGGGUUAUGAGUCCAAAUACGAUUGUCUUGAUUUCAAUCCGCUUUCUCCUAUGAAAUACUUUUGUCGUACCAUAGUAUCUAAUACUAGGAGCAGUUUUAUUGGCCAAUGAAAUCUUUACUGUGCAGCAGGCUUGCCAGUGUCAAAUUAAAAGGAAAAUAUUCGUAGCUAAGAAACGAUUGGAUCACUUCAUGGAGGAUCAAAUAAAAAAAAAUGUUAAACCAAACUCUGCUGUAUGAAUUUGAAUCAAUAAUGCCGAAAAGAAAAUGUGAGUGUGUUUAGUAAAACGUCCCUCUUUGUCGGUUACCGUUAAGGCGAGAUUUACAUGAAUAAACUGACACAGCGGCAUUAUAGCAAUCGACAAAGUGGCACGUUUUCCCGUGCACACUCACAAAUAACACUUAUUGUUAUAUGAAAUCUAAUUUAGACUCUAAUUCGAAGUACUUACGUACUUACAAAAUUGCAAAAUCGCAUGUGCGACUUCAUUAUUAGCUCGAUUUUCAUUUUAAAAUUGUAUAUGGGGUCUUAAGCUCGUGUGCGCAUUAAAUUAGUCGAACGACACUUCUUAAAAAACUGUUAGUUCUGCAGCUGCCGAAUGAACGAAAGUUAAUGAUUACACCUUCCAAGAUAUACCGACUAUCUUAUGUAUCUACUUGUAAAAAGGACUACGUCUGUUCUUUAACUGGAGUAAAACUGAACUCUUUGGCGUCGUUAAAACACAUUUUCUAUAGAUCUUUGUGCCUACCUUGUAUUUACCUAUCAGAUAAUGUUUUUGGUUGUAGAUUUUUAACAUUUAGUGCCAAAUAUAAUUGAGUAUUUCGCUGAGCACAAAGUAAGGUUGUUAAUCGUCAAGAUGUAUGUAAUGCUUGCAUUUAGCCAUUACCAUUAAUUACUGUAAAAUCUAAAGUAUGUAUUCUUCGAGUCUGGUAAAAUGUCAGUACUAUGUCAGUAUGUUGUACUGUCAGGUUAUGUUACUGAAUCUAAUGAAUAUCUAGCUAGAAUCCUAAAGAACUGCAAUUUCCACAUUACCUUUAUUUUGUUGUGACAAUAUACCUACUUGUUUCAUCUCAUAGUACCUCUUUUACCGUAUUAUUAUCAUAUGAGAAACAUUUUUAUACUAUUACUUUGUAUGAUUAUACUAAAACUGUAACGUUUAACCUGAUAAUGAGUGGACUCAUAUAACUACAACGUAAUUUGUAUUUCACAGCAAUUUAAUAUAGUUUUUACGCUAACGGCAAAAAAACCACUAGCCUAGCUAGUAUUAUAAAUAUUUAUUUUCGAUAUCCGUAGUUGUGUAGGUAAUUUAAAAAGGUCAUUAAAUACUAAUAAGUAUGCUGUACUCUCCCAGGGUUUCACUUAGUCGCUGCUCUUAUUCUUUCUCUUGGGUCAAAAUCAAGAAUAUAAAAAUGAUCUGUUAAGCUAUCAACGACUGACAUAGAAUUAUAGCAAAUUAUAACUUUUGUACCGUAGUAGAGCAAAGAACUUAUGAACUGUACGAAAUAAAUUACAGCCCUUUUUUCGAUUAUGGCUUGAAUAAUAUAUAAAAAAGGUAUGCCUGAAUAAUACCUAUACAUGGCCAUAAGAUUUCUAGACGUCAUUAGAAUUCACGUGUCAAUUUA